AUGACAUUUUUACUAGCAGGGCAUGAAACUACUAGUAAUGGUUUAAGUUGGGCUUUAUAUUCACUUGCAAAAAAUCCACACAUACAAGAUUUAUUACGUGAAGAAUUAGUUAAAGCCUUUCCUGAUAAAUCAAAAUUUAAUCCCACAUUUGAUGAAAUUAAUUCUUUGGAAUACUUAAAUUGCAUAAUUAAAGAAACAUUACGAUUAUAUCCUCCAGUUACUGUAACUCUUCGAUCUAACAUUGAAGAUCAAGUUUUUGGUGAACAUUUUAUUCCAAAAAAUACUCCAAUUAUAAUUCCAUUUGUGGCGCUUCAUAGGCUACCUUCCAUUUGGGGACCAACUGCCGAUGAAUUUGUUCCAAAAAGAUGGUUAGAUCCUCCUUCGAUUCAAGGAAUUUCCAAUUAUAAUUAUUUACCUUUUAGCACUGGUUUAAGAUCCUGUAUAGGGAGCAAAUUGGCGUUAAACGAAAUUAAAAUAUUAUUAAGUUUGCUAGUUAGAAAUUUUGUUUUCCAAACGGUUGAAGGAUUCCAAAUUAAGAAAAAAGUUGGAUUUCUUUCUAAGGUUGAUCCACAUCUUGAAUUAAUUGUUACUAACGUUGAAGCUUGA